GUGUUUGUAUCUCGAAUCUGAAUAGCUCUUCGUCCUUUGUUGCUGAUCAAUCUACGGUGGUUCUGGGCUGGGGUCGCAACGUCUACAAUGUAGUGGGCUUGGGAGAAGAUCAUCGUGUGAGCUUGAUUCCUGUCAAGAUCGACUGCCCAGAUUUUGAGAAGGGAGGUGGCAUCUAUGAAGUUUCCUGCGGCCACAGCCAUAGCCUCUUCCUUCGAAAAAAUCGCCACGGACCUGGAGGUGAAGUGUUGGGCUCCGGCCUGGGGAAUCGUGGCCGCCAGGGCUACCCCAACCCACAUGCCGAUGCAGAUGAUACCCCGGAGGUGGAGGAUAUUUGGUUCGUGGAGGGACCGAAACCCAUCCCCAUUUCCAAUGUGCCCAUCGCACGCAUUGUUUGUGGAGCAGAUCAUAGCUUAGCCUUGGACCUGAAUGGCGUUCUAUGGGCCUGGGGGAUGAAUGCUGAUGGCCAGUGUGGUGUUGGGCAUCAGCGCGAUGUCUUGGCUCCGGAAGCCACUGUGAUGCCCAAGAUGAAGGGCGCGAAGGUCCUGGUGGCUCACAUGGCGGCUGGGAGCCGACAUUCCAUGUUGGUGAUCGCCAAGGAUGGGAGCAUGGGAAGUACUGCUGGAGGAAAGGUCUUCGUGUGGGGAGCCAACUCUGAUGGGCGGUUAGGCUUGGGCCACGACCGGAACGAGCCACUUCCCGUCCCUGUGGAAGCCCUGUUGAAUCACAAGAUGGUCCUUGUGUCAGCUGGGGAAGCGCACAGUGGUGCAGUUGACACAAACGGAAAUCUCUACAUGUGGGGUCUUGGCUCCUAUGGCCGCCUUGGGCUGGGAGAGGUGAUGGAUGUCCCCUUGGCCCGCAGGGUACCUCUUCCGGAUGAUCCUCGCGUGUCUCAAGUCGCCUUGGGUAGCUUCCACAGUGUGGUACUGGCCGGCAGCCGCACCCAAUCUGUGUAUACCUGGGGUUAUGGCGAAGCCUUGGGCAACAAGGUGGGUGGUGGCAUCUCCUUGUCUCCUUUGGUGGUUUCGUUGGAAGACACCAAGGCUCAGGUGCUGCAGAUUGCUGCUGGACCCUAUCACACCUUGGUGUUGAUGGAGGAUGGCGAGCUGAUCACCUUUGGUCAAGGGGCGAGUGGAAGACUGGGCACAGGCCACAGCAAGAACCACAAGUUGCCGGUGAGUCUCGGGGCGCAUGGCUUCGCCACCAAGUUGAAGCAAUCCACCGACGGGGAGAAGGCGGCCACCCAAAAGAGGAGCUUGGAGCAUCCUUCUGAAAAAUCCUUGAAGAGAUCUGCUGCGGCCUCCAGUCAGCCUGGAGGGAAGCAAAGUUGGGAGAUUGCCAAAGUCGACUGUGGAGAAAUGUUUACCUGCGCUGUCACGUGGCAUGGUGCUCUAUACACCUGGGGCUCGGGUGCUCGUGGGCAGUUGGGGACCGGCAGCUUGCAGGACAGCUGGGUGCCAAAGGUGGGGACAGGGGAGGAGGGUUCCGGGUGGAUGUGGGGCUCUUCGGAGCUGGGAAAGCUGGGUUUGGGCGAAGCCACCAGUUCCGACAGCAUUCCGGUGGCCAUCCGGGCCUUUGCCAAGAGCACUGAGCCCUACAAGGUUCCUAUGGCCGUAAGUUGUGGCCAGUACCACACGGCAGUGAUUUGCGUGAGGGACCAGGAGAGAGGACAGUUUCAGUUGGGAGAAUGCAGCAGUGCCUCUUGGGCAGGGGACUUGAAGAGUUUGACCUUCGGUGGCGGCUGGUUUGGACGACUGGGCCACAACGACAUGGAGAACCAAUACGAACCCAAGAUCAUCAGCAGCCUGAUCACCAAGAUCCGCACUGUGCAUUGCGGAGCCUACCACACUUGCGGCCUCAGCUAUGAGAAGGGUAUUUACAAUGACAACGGCGAGUUGGCCGGUGAUUUGUGGGUCUGGGGUCGCAAUCGUUGCAUUGGCGAGCACGAACAUGCAAAGAAUUCUUUUGCUGAGAUCACAGUGGUUGCACUGUGCUCUGACCUGGACUUGGAGUGGAACUGUUUGCCUUUCACUGUGGAGGAACUUGCACAAGCACUGAAAGCCAUACCGGCGGUGAAGGCGGUAGCACGACCCUGUGCUCCUGGCACGGUGUGGAAGGGCCUGGCAUUGCAAUUGGCUCCAAUUUUGCAUUCCGAAGUGCGCACAUUGCUGGCUGCCCAGCGACCCACACCGUUUUGCAGAGCAAAGCAAACACCACGUUUGCGCAUAGCUGGAGGGAUUGGAGUUUUCUUGGACAUUGAACACGAUGGCCAACUUGGCAAUGCCUUCAGAUCUGAAGCAGCCUUGGAUACCUUGCUGUCUAAUUUGAGCACCACACUUGCACUGCUGCAAGAGUUUGGCAUGACCAUCAACUCAGCCAAAUGCACUGCCUUGGUUGCGGUUAGAGGCACUGCCUCUCGGAAGCUACGCUCCAAACUCAUUGCUGUGAGAGAUGGAAAAGAAUGGUUGAAGAUCCCUGGUGCAGGCCUGGAAGAGCAGACAGCUUCACCGCCGUCCACUGCCUUGCCAUCUGCAAUCUGCGCGGGACCUGAACCCUGCUGGCAGAACACUGCCCAGAUAGUCAACAACAACACUGUUUUCCCUGCACAGAUGGCAGAUUCAAAGUUGGAUGGACCUGUUCGAGGCCAACGCAUGAUCACCGAUGCUGAUCUCAGGAAUCUGACCAGCCAAGAAUGGGGCAGCCGUGUUUUAGAGAUUGUUGGCCAUCGACACUGGCACCAUAUGCGUCGCGAGCAGACUGCAUGUGAAUACUUGGCAACCAGGUGCUGCCUUUGCGAUCAAUUUCUUGGCAGGACUCAGGAUCUGAACCACCACCUGAAGACCAUGCAUCCUGAGUAUUGGCCGCACACGGCUGCAAAAGGAAAGCAGCUGACAAACAUGUACGGAGAGGACACUCCAUGUCCUUAUUGCCAUGCAGUGUUCAAGAACAUGCAUCAAUGCACAGUGUGGACGCAGUUGGCAAUGUUGGUCAUUUAUGGUGGCGGCCAGACCCAUGCUGCCUCUACUGAAUCAUCAUCUGGCCUUGCUUGUGAAAUAUGUGGCCAGCAAUUUGACAAUGCAGAGGCUUUGCACUCCCACCUGGCACGUGCCCACCGUCUGGUGAGUUCAUCCUUCAACCUGGCCAGGGACAGUGUGGCGGGCCAACCCGCAUGCAACCAUUGCGGGGGGUUGUUUGAUGGCAUUGAGUCCCUUCGCAGUCAUGUGAACCAGGGACGAUGUCCUACAUUUAACCCCGAUCUGCCAACGGAGGUAGUGGAUGUGCAACAACGCUGGACUGAUGCCACCUGCCAUGGACAACUGGCCAAGCACCUUGGGGAUGCCCAUACCAGACUCCAACUGACGCUGAGAUGCCAAAGCUGCAGUGCCAAGUAUUCCCGCUCUGCGGACAUGAUGGGGCACCUCCAGACAGCCCACUCAGCCUUGUGGUCGGCGUCUCAGCCACUGACCCAUUUGCUCAUUGAGCUGGCUUACAGUGAGUAUGGCUGUCAACCUGUGUCCUAUGUGCGGAACCCUUUCAUGUUGGAGAGCUUGCCCUUCAUCUGCAGGAAGCGCACCGGUCCUAUGGACGCACCGCACAUGGAAGACGCAGAGGAUGCAACGACCCAGAUUUGGCAGGCAUUCCAGGAACUCUCACCCAUCCUGGACCAGACCCUGAAGCUGAGUCAGAAUGCACCGCCCAAGCGACAAAGAAGAGGAGAACACACCACCAAGCAGCGGGAACCACAGGGAAGCCAAGAAAAGGUUCAACUGGCGCAGGCUCUGGUCCUCCUCACCAAGCUCACCCUCAAACUGGACAGGGAGCUGCAGACACUGAAGAGGGAGGACACCUUCGUCUUCUUUUUCGCCAACAAAGGGAAAGAGAGCUGCUUGCAAACCCUGGUCCAGGCAACGGAGGUCUGGGUGGCCAAGUUGAAGGAGAAGCAGGAGGAGGGGACCACGGUGAGAAUGCAGCCACUCCGCCAACAUCUCUUGCAGGUGCUCCUGAACACCCUACUGACCAGAGUGGAACAGCUGGGGAAUGCACCAGAGGGCUCCGAGAUUCUGAAGGCGGCGAUGCAUACCAAGGUGCUCCUGCAGGACAAGACUUGUCCCUACUUGGAAUGGUGCCACUCCAAGAAGGAGCUGAUUGUCAGCAAGAAGAAGCCCCUGGGACUGAAGCGACUGCAUCAGAUUUGCACCGAUCUCCUGGAGGCCUUGACCAACCCUCAAAUGGUGGUGAAGUUUCAUUCACUCCCUUCUGGAGCCAAGCAGGAAACCUCCCCCUGGAAACUCCAAGUGAGUCUGCGGCUGGAUCACCCUUGGCAACUGCUUCUGGAGCUAUGCGGCUCAGCAAUCUGGCUGCUGAUGGGAGCAUCCCUCAAGGUGCACAGCUUGGAACAAAGCCCUCUGGCCCACAACUUGCAGAAGGCCAUGAACCUGCACUCAAGCCACCGCAAGGGCAAGGGAAAGGGGAAGGGCAAGAUGGAUCUGGAACUGAAACAGGCGAUGCUAUGGACUACACUGUCCACCAGUACAUGGCAAACGCCAUAUUGGGGAGAACAAUGCCAGGAGCUGCAAAACUUCCUUGCCUCAGACCAUGCUUCUGGCAUCAAUCUGAGCUGCACUGACUGGUUUCAGCAGAUUGUGUGUUGUUGGGGUGACCGGGAUCCCACAUUCGAUCCUGAUCAGAUUACUCAGCAAGAUGCUGCUGAGUUUGUUGCUACAUGGUUUUCACUCAUGCGUCCCAUGGCUUUCGACAUGGCCUGGGAAAGGCGAUUUGAGGAAAACGGCAAUGUGCGCGUUUUUGAUGUCAACAGCACACAUCAGCCAAUUUGCUUGAAAUUUGAUGCAAUGCUGGCUUACUCCACCACAUGUGAUUUGACCCAGCUUUUCAACCUCUGGUGUCAGGUAGAUGGCAUGAGAACAGCACUGCUUGGCGCCCCGCCGUGCCUUUGCAUUCAGAUUGACAGAUGUGUUAGUGAUGCCAUGAACAACAUUUUCAGAAGUGAGUGCAUGAUUCAGACGGAUGAACCUUGCUUGGUCCCAUUCUUUCAGACCAACACUCUGCAGUAUGAAACUGCUGAGUAUCAUGUGGUGGCACUGACAGCCCACCUUGGAAUGGACAGAGCUGGCCAUAUCAGAACUGCACUUCGAUUGGCACCAUCAAUUGUAUGCACUGUACAUCCGGCCAAUUGGCUGCUCACAGAGGUAAUCAAUUGUUGGCGAGACAAAAACAAAAUCGAGCACGAGGAACUCUGCACCAAAGGGGUGGGCUCCCUUGACUUUCUGACUGGCCCUGAAUACAGAUAUUGGCAAGCAACUUGUGCGUGCUACGUUGGAGUUUUUCGACAAGACAACGGGUCCCUCCUGGUGGACCACAAGCGCGGCUCUUUCCUGCGCACUGCCAAGGACAACAGCCGCUACAGGAGUGAGGGUUGCAUCUCAGUCAUGGGGGAUGCAGAAGUGCCGCCAGCAUGGACGCCAGAAUUGCUCCUUGAAACUGGCACGAAGCCACAUGACCCGCGGCCAGGAACACGCUUUCAUGCAACGACCUGGCAUCCAGAAAGAACACACUGGUGGAACCAACUGGACAGCCUGCUGCACAGUCUGGCACACCGGAAUGUGUUGGCACUUACUGGAGACUUCAACUGCAACCUGGUGCCCUCGCCGACACACAGCGGCCCAGACCAGUACCGCUGGCGUGGCCACAUGACUGCUGGGGCUAUGCACCAAGAUGCGGGACAUUUCACGUCCCUGCUCAGAAUGCACGGGCUCACUGCCCUGAACUCGUGGGAUCCAGGCAUGCCCUUCACUGCUGAAGAACUGGAACGUGAGCUCAGCAGAAUACCUGCUUGCAAGGCUGUGGCACGGUACCUCGUACAGACAGGUGCGUGCAUCAAUCACGGCGUGGAAGGACCUGACGCCAUCAUUGCCACUGCUGUGACUGACGUGCCCAACCUUGCAGUACUGCAAGCUGGCCCAGACGUGUGCUGGAAACCCAACACACAAGCCUUUGCCACCGACAGGCUUCUGACCAGCACGAUGUUUGCCCCAAAGAUGGAUCCCGCUGUACGUGGCACAGCCAUCUUGACAGAUGCUGACCUUAGCAACAUGCUGAGCCAGGAGUGGGGACACCGAGUUUUGACCAUCGUUGGCUCCAGAAAUUGGCACCACAUGAAGAAGGAGACUGCUGCCUGCAGUUACCUAGCACAGCGAUGCUGUUUAUGCGAUCACUUUUUAGGCCGCACACAAGAACUGCACAGACACCUCAAGUUGCAUCACCCAGAGUUUUGGAAUCACGUUCAAGAGAAGGGACAUCAGCUCAUGAAUUUGCAUGGAGAGGACCCGCCAUGCCCGUAUUGCGGGGCGCUGUUCAAAGCUGCGCACCAAUGCCCAGUAUGGUGCCAACUUGCAAUGCUACUCAUAUACGGGGGAGGCAUCAGCGCUGGAACCACACAUGUGCCUGCAAUUUUACGCUGUGAAAUUUGCUUCGACAGCUUCACCACCAGUGAGUUGCUGCAUGAACACCUGAUUCAAGAACACCGCCUGAAAAGCCAGAGCUACAACCCUGCCAGAGACUCCUUGGAGGGGGAGCCAGUAUGCGCCCAUUGCUUGGCGAUGUACGACAACAUGGAGUCCCUGCGGUCUCAUGUGAACCAAGGCCGGUGUCCCAAGUUCAACCCGGCACUGCCAACAGAAGUGAUUGACAUUCAGCCACAAUGGGUUGAUGCCAUGUGUCAUGGAAAGAUAGCAGACGUUUUGCGUGACGCACAUGUCAGACUCCAGCUGACCCUGCGGUGCCAAAACUGUAGCAGCCGCUACACGCACCCUGCCGACCUCUCAGGCCACCUCCAAUCUGCGCAUUCCAGUCUCUGGUCAGAGGCUCAAGUUCUGACGGGGAUCAUGACAUCCCUCAUUUACAGUGAGGCAGGUUGCACAUGCAACCCAAGCAUUACAGCCCCCAGGGCUGGACACAUAUGCUUGCCCCUGCGUCAGCUGUCAAUGCAAUAUAUGCGCCUGCAAGGAGCUGUCCUGUUUCCACAUCAACCGACUGAUGAGGAAUUAGUUCAACUUUUUUCUGAGAAUCUGCCCAGAGAAUCCAGAUUUUUGUUGGAACGCACCCUGACGGCUGGCACAUUGACUGAUUUCUGGACUCAUGCCACGCACCUGGAUUUGCUGAGGGACACUUGCACCCUAUGUGGCGCCCACAUGCAUCCGGCUGACCUGGUCCUUCACAUGUAUGAGGCGCAUCAAUGUGGCCUGCCAAUUGUCAAGUUUCUCAAGCAACAGCUUGUUCCGAAAUUUGCUGCUGCCAACCAUGACCCACCCAGAUGUUUUGCAUGCAAGCAGGUUUAUACCAUUGCUGCCGCAGAUGAUGACAUGACUGAUGAUGCCUUGACCUCUGCUGCUCAAGUGCAUUUCCCAAAGCUGCACAUGGCCGACAUGAAUAUGCCCGAGCCCGAAGAAACCAACCAACAGGUUUGGACGGCCUUCCAGGCCAUUGGAGCUCUGCUGGACGACUCUCUACAGCUGGAACCCAAUGCAGCGGGUCCCAAACGACAAAGAAAAGAAGAACCGACAAAGGCCAAGGGCCAUCCACAAACCAAGCAGCUGAAGGAGAAGAUCGACGUGGCACAUGCUCUCUCACUGAUGGCCAAACUGACCCUUCGCCUGGAUCGAGAACUCCAGCAGCUGAAAAGGGAAGACACAUUCAUCUUCUUCUUCGGGCACAAGGGGCCAAACAGCAGUCUGAGUCACCUGGUGAAGGCCGCAGACGACUGGGUGAACAAUCGCCAAUCCAAGUCCCAAAUGACCAUGCCUCUGAGACAGCACCUGAUGCAAGUGGUCUUCAACACCCUCCUGACGCGCCUCACCAAGCUGGGGGAGACCAAGGAUGGAUCGGAAGUGCAACAAGCAGCCAUCAGCAAUCUGAUUCUCCUCCCGGACAAGACAUGUCCUUACCUCGAAUGGGAUAUGAGUCAGAAGCAACUGAAGGUCAGCCAAAGACCACCCUUGAGCCUCACCAGACUCCAUCAACUGUGUCAGGACAUGCUGGAGGCCUUGACGGAUGUGAACCUGGUGACCGCCUUUCAUGCCUUGCCAACCAGCAAUCAGGAAGUUGCCCCAUGGAAGCUCACCCUGAGCCUGAGAGCCGAUGCUCCGUGGCAGAACAUGCAGGUUCUGUCCCACUCAGCCAUCUGGCUGUUGAUGGCCACCUCGCUGAAACCGCAUGGGCAGAAACAAAGCCCCCUGGCGCAGAGCUUACAACAAGCCAUGGGCCUGACCAGAACGCCCAAAGGCCGGGGGAAGGGGAAAACCAAGACCGUGAUGACCAAGCAGGAGUGA